GUGUAUGCGGUUCAAUUCUUUUGAACUUACUCUAACUAGAGAAGAUGAUAUUCCAUAACCAAAACCAAAUGUCCCUAACGAAACCCAAAUUCCAUAAAUAAUGGAGACUCAUUCAAGAGACAAAUAAUAAUGCCAUUUAUUAUACCUCAUCAAUUUUUUUUUCCUUAAACAAAUUAAUAAACCUUCUUAUUACAUUGAAUUUGUUCCCAUAUCCAACAAACAACACAACAAUGGGAAGCGCUUACAGUAGUCAUCACACUAACCUUGGGAAAGACUCAACUUCUUUCGAAUCCGACGCCACCGGCACGGUAGCACGUUGGGGAGACGCCGCCUUUACACUUUCCAUGGGAAAUUGGAAGGAAAACAACGACCACACCGAAGUUUGGGGCGUCGAAUACAAAACAAACCAUCAUCAAAACAAGAAGAAGAACGUUUGUGGCUUCCAACUCAAAGCGAAUUAUGAUAGCAACGGCGUUGAGAGCAUACAUUUCGGAAUCAGAGACUCUUCCUCCGAAAAUGAAACCAAGUUUGCUCUCAAGAUCACGAGAGUUGCACGUGACGGCCUCUCCGGCGGGAUAACCGGCAUCGAUUCUUCUUCCACCGGCGGUGGUGCCCCCGUGUCGUUCACGAGGGCGAAGGAGAGUUGCACAAUCGAAACCACCAUAGUUUCCUACGGUUGUUCGAAGCGAAACGGUCUUUUCGUUCUUGAGACAAAGAAGAAGGUUAGUUCUGAAAACGGUUACGCGGUUACUUUGGCGCACUAUUAUGUCACAACAAACUUUGGACUUUCUGUAACCGCCAAAGUUUAUCGCAAUAAAAAUGGUAACGGUUUUCAUGUUGAAGUGGAGGGUCCCACGAAACACCCCAGUGAUGAAUUAAGUAAGGUUUUGGCUAAGACUUGCCGUACAGGAAUAUGGUCACCUAAUUUAUGUUCUCACUGUAGUAGUAAUGGUAAUAAUGAAAAUAAUAAGAUUAAUAAUGUUAUUGGAUCAAAGAAGACUGCUAUAGCUACCGUAAAAAAUAAUGGAGUUUCCAAAAGCUCAUCAUUGUUGAAGGCUACUACUCCUCAGUCUAAUCAUCAAGAGCAACAGGGAAAGGAUGAAGUAAUAGGUCAAGUUGUUAAACAAGCUAUGUUCUCGAGCAAUGUUGAAGUGCAAUACAACAAAGGACUUAUCAAUUCAACUGGAAACACUACUGGUUUUCUAAACAAUUCUAUCAUCUUUAUGAAUUAUAAGUUGCCUAAUUUGGGUUAGAG